UCUGUUUUUGCCACUAGGUUUUAAAAGAUCUCAGAGUCGCAGCAAUGCAAAAAUCUAUUAUAUUCUUGGUACUUUCGUUGUGCCUGGCUUCAAGUUUUUCAGCAGCCUGCAAAGGCGAUGAAUGCGAUUCCCAAUGUGCUGCAUAUUGCUACGGGGUCUUGAAUCCCUGCAUGGCGAACCUGGGCACCUUGCAACGAAGGAUUGAAGCCUGUGAAUCAGCUGUUGCAAUAGCGAGAAUAGCCCUAAAUGACCGAAGACUGGACAAUUUUGGCACUUCAAUGAACUUGCAGCUGGAAAAGCAAAAUACUUCGCAACUACAGCUGACACGCGGUACACCAAUGGGCAGAAAACUGGAAAAAAACGACACUUUUCAACUACUGGGAAACAAUUACUACUACAUCGAGAAGGAACAAAAGCUAAACUGGCACGAUGCUUUGGAUAAAUGCCACAAAAUGGGUGGCCAUCUGGCCAGUCUGCAAAGUCAGGAGGAAUUGGAUGGAUUCAAUAACCAACUUAAUGGCCUGAAUCGCUACUGGAUCGACGUGACCAGUCAGUUCAACGAAAGUGAAUUCGUGUCUGUGACCAAAGGAUCGAAGGCCAAUUUUUUGAGUUGGGCUGAGGGUGAACCGACAAAAGAUGGAAAUUGUGUGGAUAUCCGAACAUUCAACGGGAAAACUACCAUGAACGAUAACGCAUGUUCUGCCAAUCUCUAUUUUAUUUGCGAAAAAUCUAUUGAAAUAUAAAACAAAAAUAUUUAUCUCUUUUAA